GGAAGCCAAGGUUGAAUACAUGGAACAACACACACACACACACACACACUCAACGGAUUUAUUACCUUGGACAACUUGGAAGCAGCACUCAAAUACCAGAAGAGACCAGAGGACUUUGAAAGAAGCAAGAGAGGAGCACAGAGAACUGUGAACAGAGAUACUUCUGAAUUCUUGAGCCAUUGGACUGCAUCAAGAUGAUGAAAAAAGCCAAGGUUUCCGAUCCAACUGCUGCCGGGCAAGGCGGACCGGAAAUUCUACCUCCUAGGAGACAAGGCAUCAAAAGGAGAUCUAAGGUUCCUGGUGUCAUGAUUACACAGUAUAUGGAGGAACUUCCUGAGGGGAUGACAACUCCCGACUUCACACGUAAACCCAUCGCUUUAACUAUUCAGGAAGGAAAGCUGGCCAUUUUUAAAGCCAAAGUGAAUGGGAAUCCAACACCCACUGUAACCUGGCGUAGAGCUAAAGGAGAAAUGAAUGAUCCCCAAAAGUUUCAGAGCAAAUUUGACCCCACAACUAAUGAACACACUUUGGAGAUACCUAAAGUCACUAUUGAUGAAGCCGACACUUACAAAUGCUACGCCACAAAUGAAUAUGGGAAGGCUGUUUGCACUGUUGUUCUAAAUAUCAUUGAAGUUGGAUUCAAAAAAGACAAAGAAAUAAAAAAGUCAGCUGAAACAGCUGUAGUAGGUGACCCAACAGAGUUUAGAAAGAACCUCAGGAAAGGUGCUGGCAAAAAAUGUGAGGAGAAAAAGGAAGGUGACAUUGACGACUCAGUUUGGGAUUUGCUUCUGAGUGCUGAGAAGAAAGACUAUGAAAGCAUUUGCGUCAAGUAUAAUAUCACUGAUUUCCGUGGCAUGCUAAAGAAACUGGUCGAGAUGAAGAAAGAAAGAGAAGAAGAGCAGGCACAGUUCAUCCAACAUCUCAGUAAUCUCAAACCCAUUGAGGUGAAGCCUGAGGGUGGUGCAACCUUUGAACUGGAAAUGGAGCUCAAAGACCCCAACAGUCGCAUUUUUCUGUAUAAGGAUGGCGUCAUGAUUCCGUUCAGCAAAGAAGCUGAAGCAGAUAUGAAACACUGUCUAAAACAAGUUGGCAAGAAGUAUGUCUUCUCUGUUAAAAAUCUCAAUCCAGAAGAUGCAGGAAUCUAUCAAGUGGAUGUUGAGGGUGUCAAUAUCUUUUCAACGGAUUUCAAGGUUCCCCCUGUGGACUUUGCCCUGAAGAUUAAGGAGGUGACGGCCCAGGAGAGAGAGGAUGCCAUCUUCGAGUGUGUCUUAAGUCAGCCCAUUAAUGAGAUAGUUUGGACCCUAAAAAAUACACCUCUCUCUAACAGUGAAAAAUAUGAGAUUACUUGUUCAGAGGAUAAACUGAUCCACCGUCUGAGAAUCAUUGAUUGUAUGCCUUUGGAUGCUGGAAUCUAUGCUGCUCUUGCCGGCAUUAAGUCUUGCAGUGCUUGGCUGAUUGUAGAAGAUCCUGGUGUUUACUUUUCUGCUGGGCUGGAAGACUGCAAAGCGAUUAUGGGAGAGGCGGCUGAACUGGUCUGCAAACUCAGUGCUGACUGUGAGGGUGUCUGGUCCAAAGAUGGCGACGAGAUUGCUGACGGCACUGAGGGUAUAACCAUCAGUAAAGACGGAGUCCUUCACAAACUGAAAAUUGACAAAGUAACGGAGGAAUUUGCUGGAAAAUAUCGAUUUGAGGCUGAUGGGCGUAAAACCGAGUGUGAGGUUGCAGUUGAAGAUCCACCAAGAUUGGAUGCAAAGGAAAUUGAAGUAUUUGCAAAACCGAUUGUGAUCAAAAACAAUCAGAAAGCCACCUUUAAAGUUCCUUAUAUUGGCCGUGAGCCAUGCAAAAUUCAGUGGUACAAAGAUGGUGAAGAGCUCAUGCCAGACGCUCACUGCAAGAUUGAGAUUUCAGAGGGUGAAAGCCGUCUGCUUCUCACCAAAUUGCAGCGUAAAGACACUGGGGAAAUCAAAAUCAAAAUCAAAAAUGAGUUUGGCACAGUGGAAGCCUUUUCUAACCUAGUUAUACUUGAUAAACCUACCAUCCCACUUGGACCUCUGGAGAUCAUUGAAGCAUCUUCCAACUGCAUCGAGGUCAAGUGGAGACCCCCAAAAGAUGAUGGUGGUUGCCCUGUUAAACAUUACAUACUUGAACGCAACCAAAUUGGACGCAACACAUGGAAAAAAAUAGGCCAGAUUUCAGGUGAAGCCCACUAUAAAGACACCGAUGUUGACCAUGGAAGGAGAUACUGCUACCGAAUCAGAGCCCAGAAUGAUGAAGGCACCAGUGAACUGAUGGAAACAGAGGAUGUGCAGGCUGGAACUAAAGCAUAUCCUGGUCAGCCAUCUACUCCUAAAGUAGCCAGUGCCUUCAAAGACUGCAUCAACCUGACAUGGACUGCCCCAACCAACACCGGAGGAACCAGUAUUUUAGGUUAUAACUUAGAGAAACGCAAGAAGGGCAGCAACUUGUGGGGCCAAGUCAAUCCAAUAGACCAGCCAAUCCAAGCAAAGAAAUAUGCUGUAAAAGAUGUAGUUGAAGGAAUGGAGUAUGAAUUCCGCGUGUCCGCCAUCAACAUAUCUGGAGCUGGUGAACCAAGUCACCCUUCAGAAUUUGUGUUCGCAAGAGAUCCAAAAAAACCCCCUGGUAAAGUCAUUGACCUUAAAGUCACAGACUCCACCUACACUACUUUGUCAUUGUCUUGGACAAAACCAAAAAUAGACCCUGGGGUUCAGGAUGAGGCCAAGGGGUACUUUGUCGAAAUCAGACCUACUGAGAACCCAGAGUGGGAUCGAUGCAACUCAAAUGCCAUCAUCAUGAGCACCUACACUGUAAAGGGAAUGAAAUCAAUGGCCAUGUAUUGGAUUAGAGUGGUCGCCGCCAAUGAAGGUGGAGAGGGAGAGCCACAAGAGCUGGACAACUACAUCUUGGCUAUGCCUCCUCCAGUGAGACCAAGAUUCACAGAUUCGAAGAUCAAGAGUUUCAUGGUGGUCAGGGCAGGAAAUUCUGCACGAGUCACUAUCAACUUUGAGGCUUCCCCUUGUCCUGACGUCAUCUGGCUUAAAGAUGGUGUCCCUGUGUCCAAACGUGUCACUAUUAGCAAUGCUGAGGGGGGCUCUCAGAUCCUGAUCCCAUCUGCAGAGCGUAACGAUACAGGAAUCUAUACCAUCACAGUAAAGAACAUUGUGGGACAAGAGACCUUCAGUAUUGAGAUUAGAGUUACAGACGAACCAAAGCCCCCAGGUCCCAUAGAAUUGGACGAGAACGUUCCGGGCACGGUGACCGUUUCCUGGGAACCAUCUCCAGACGAGAAACGAGAUGAUCGCCUGCAUUACACGGUGACCAAGAGAGACUCCACCAAGAGGACCUGGCACACUGUAGCUGACCGUAUCUUCAACAACCGUUUCACAGCCUGUAACAUCAUGCCAGGGAGAGAAUACCAGUUCCGAGUCUACUCCAAAAAUGACAUUGGUCUGUCUGCCCCAUCUGAGUCACCAAAAUGGCUAAUCACAAGAAAGAAAGAAAAAUUCACACUGACCAUCCCAGAGUCCAAGACCUGCAACUUAGAGAAGCCUCCAAGGUUUAUGGUCCCCCUGAAAAUCCACACAGCCCCACAAGGCUAUGAGUGCUACAUGAGCUGUGCGGUGAGAAGCAACCCUGCACCCCGCAUCACCUGGUACCGCAACAACGUCAACCUCAACACUGACACCAACUACUUAAUAACUAACACCUGUGGAGUGUGCUCCCUGCUCAUUCUCAGGGUUGGACCUAAAGACACGGGAGAGUAUAAAAUAAUCGCUGAGAACCAGCUGGGAAGAGCUGAGUGCUCCACCAAUCUCACAGUGAGAGAAUAAAACCAUGGUGUGUGGAGGAUGCCAAAACAAACAUCUGUCCAAUCAUCAUGUUGUUUUUUGGAUUUUAGGCCCUACAUAUUUUUGAAGAAAGAUUUUGGCUUGUGCGAACACUACACUGUGUGGGCUUAUUAGAUAAAAAUGGUAGAAUCAAAUGCAUGUGGUAACACUUUAUAUAGUCUUACUGUUUUUAAUAGUACAAAAACCUAAAAAAACAUAAAGAAAAAACUCUGGC